AGCUCGACCGCUCGACGUCGUCGUCUUUUCACUUGAUUUGAGCGAUUCGACUCUUGCACAAAUGAGUUUGUGAGUUCUGUGUGGAAGAAUAUUAUUGAAUUUUUGGGAAAAUUUCCAUUUUUUCUCGAGAAAUGUUUUCCGCCGAGGAUUUGAUGAUACCGCUCGCUUCAAUGUUUGACUAUGAAGAUGCUCCUCCUGAUCAGAGAUCAUCUUCAACAAGGCGAUCAACAACCGCCCAAACGAAGGACUACAAAUGGGUUCAAAUUGAGGAUACUGCUGUGCCGGACUUUACGGUGCAGUGGGAUAAGGGAUUGAGCAAGAAGCAGAAGGAUUUCUAUCGCACAAAGUAUCCCACUGUGGAUAAGGUGAUGGAAGAUCGUGUCCACUGUACAUCGUGCGAUACUCACUUGGGUACAGCUCCUAUUGACGAGGUGACAAUCCGGGAGCAUCCUGUGCUCAAGGUUACACAGUGCAGCAAAUGCUAUGCCUUCUACACAAGUGGGGAGUUCGACAAGGGGGAAGAUGGGAGUGAGCUGUACUGCCGCUGGUGUGGUCAAGGUGGGGAGGUGUACUGCUGCGCUGAUUGCCCCUAUGUUUUCUGCAAGAAGUGCAUCGUGCGGAAUCUCAGCAAGGACACGAUUAAGGCAAUUAUGAAGGAUGACAAUUGGGUGUGCUUCUCGUGCAAGCCCGAGAUAACGUGGCCACUGCGGGCUAAACACUGGGCCCUGAUGAAUUUCAUUGAGAAGCAACGUAAAGUCAUUCUAUCUCAGUAUGUUUCGGAUUUGGAUGUAAACACCCUGCUGAGUCGUGAUCUGACGACGUGCUGCCAGAAGGCAACACCAGCACCGGCGAGUGCAAAGAAAUCCACCACCCCGAAGGUUACACCCGCAAAGGCACCUGCCACAGUGGGGAAAGCAACUUCGGUGAUCCAGAAGACGCCACCUGUGCAGAAAGUAGCUACGCGAACACGAAAACGCGGUGAUCCGGAUUACACAGCAGCCCCACCGUCUAAGCGUCCAAUGACUGAAAUUCCCUCAGGUGUUGUACCCAAUGAGAGGAGCCAGGAUGAGGUAGUUUGCACCCCAGAUAUUCUCAGUAUGUUUGAGAGUAAUACAGCAGAGCAGACACCGCCGCCACUGACGCAAAUCCCACGUCAGUAUGGUGCAUCGGCAGCAGCUAAUGGCACUCCAGUGACGGCGACGGCAUCCAGUAGCCGAGGGGCGGCACAGAAGAAGACUCAAACCAUUACAAUUGCAAAUCAAUCACCGGCAACCCCCAUCUAUCAUACCAUCAAUGGGUAUCGUAUUGAUUUAAAUUCAGCCGCCAGGCAGGAGACAAUCCGUCUGCCCAAUGGGAAGUUGAUUCAGGUGAAGAAGCAAUCAACACCGCAGACACAGACGCAACAGUCAUCCCCGCAGAUGCCACCACUCAUUCCACCCGCAAUACGCGGUAUGCGGCCACAGAUACCGAUCCGGUCGCAGCAGCUUCCAGUUGUACGGGGCGUCAAUCAAGCACAGCCCCGGCGGCAGGCACAAGCUCGGCAGCAGCAGAUACGGCCACAGAUGAAUCCAGCGGCUCAGCAGCAGCGCCCCCUUAUUCUCAAUGGGAUGAUGCAGCCGCAAUUCAAUGUGCCGCCACUCAUUAUCUCCCAACAGGCCGCCAAUACGCCCUACGGGAAGGCUAAAAUGGAGCUGGACAACAGGAUACGCAAUGGUCAGGAGAUUUGUAUGCAUAUUAUUGGCAAGAUGAAUACAUUGGUGGCAUCAAAUGCCUACAAGACCAUGAAAUCCCAGAAGGAUGUCAAGGAGAUUCACAUUCAUUUGUCCUACCUCCUGACGUAUGCAAUUAAUCGCUUCAAGACACUCCAGGAGAAAUCAAUGGAGAACAUGAAGACUCUCGGAUUUGGGGGUGAUGUUGCGAGUAUAAUGUCCGGGAAAAUUACGGCUUCAACACCCGAAGAGGGUGAUGGGGAUGAUGAUGACAUUGAGAUUGUUGAGCCGCAAACAACAUUAAUUGAUUUAGCAUCAGAUGAGGAGGAUACGGUGAAGGAGACACCCGAAGAGAUCACCAAGGCAAAGGAAUCACAAGUUUUCCUUGACAAAUUGAAAAUGCAGCCGAAGAUUUUGCUAAAGAAACUCCCAGGGAAGGAAAAUGCCACAAAGACAUCAAGUGAUGAGGAGGAGAAUGAAAAAAUUGUCCGAGAUAUUUUAAAUGAAAUUCUCGAUAAAGUUUUGGAUGCUGUUGCACCGGAACCACCCAUUGCAAAUGGUGAGGAGGUUGGGAGUGAUGCUGCGGAUAAAAUGGAUACUUCGGAUAAAGCAGGGAAGGAUGGUGUGGAGUCAAUGGAUGUUGAUGGUGCUGCCGAUACAAUUUCCAUUGAUGACGAUGAUUCCGAUGAUGUUGAGGUGGUUGAGAAAGUACAAAAUGACGAGGAAGCAAAGGAGGACACAGAGGAGGCUCCAAAAGAGUCUUCAAAUGAUCAUUCUAAUGAUCCUGAUGUUGCAAUGCAAGACAAGGAGGAAGGUAAUUCCGCAAAGGAAGACAUUGAAGCUGAAAAACUCCCUGAAGAAGAUGCGGAAAUGACUGAAAUUGACUCUGGAAGCCCUGGAAGCAGUGAAAACAAAGAGAAUGCAAAGGAGGGAGGUGAAGAAAUGGCAAUAGAUGACAAAGAGGAAGAAAAUAGCCGAGAAAUUGAUGCAAAAGAAGCUCCUGAUGAUGAGAACAAGAAGACGGAGAAUGGAGAUUUGAAGGAAUCAUGUGAAGACUCAAUUAAAUCCAAUGAAGAGGCGAAGAAGGAGGAAAUGCCUGAGAAAAGGGAUGAGGAAAAGAAAGCCGCGAAGGAAGAUGAAGAUGAUUCAGAUAGAUUAACAACUGAUGGCUACCAAACGCCACCUCCUGGCUCAGAGACAGAAGAAGUAGCAUCAAAGGCUUCUCAAGAAGACACCGCAACAAAGCCCAAUGAAGAAGAUGCGAAGGAUGUUCCGGAAUCUCCUGCAUCGCCAGAUUCUACCAAUGUUACCGCACCACCACCUGUUGAGGACGCGCCAAAGGGGUUUGAGGACAUUGAUAGCCCCGAUGAGUUUGACGAUGCCUUGGAUACACCAGCAACGGAGGAUGAUCUCCUGAAUGAUCUCGACUCUCUCGGGAAGUUUUUGGAUAAUUAAGGAGGUAGGAAAUUUUAUUCUCAACUCUUCCCCACGCUAGUUAGGCCCCUAAACUAUUAAUCUAUUCAUCUCCUUUUUCAUUUAUUAUUUUUUUUUUUUAAUGAAAAUGUCCAAUUUUUUUACGAAGAAUAUUUCAAAAAUUCGAAAUAUUUUUUGUCUUUACUAAAAUUGAUAAAAAUCUGAUCAAAUAUAGUCCAAAAAUAUAUGAAUUUUGCUCGAAAGCAAGAAGAAGAAAUUAUCUAGAAUUUCAAAGGAAAAAAAAUUGAAAUAUGAAGGAAAAAAAAUUAAUCUAAUGAAAUAAAAACUGUAAAUAUAGAUAUAAAAUUAAAUUAAAAAAAGAAGAUUUUCUCUUUGGAAAAUUUCUUUAUUUUAGCAACAUUCACAUUUCUUUCUUUCUUAGUUUUUUUUUCACCGAAAUGAAAAGAAAUUUAUAAGAUCUUUAUUUUGUUUAUAUUUUUUAUAUUAAUUACAUCGAUCGGAAAGAAAUAAAUAAGUUUCUGCAAAUUUUCUUUAGAUAACAUUUCUUUUUUUUUUAGAAAAAUAGUUUUUUUUUGCCAUAAAUAUAUAUUUUCUUCUUUUGAUUUUUCUUUUUCGGUUAUUCUAUACAGAGAUAGGUCUUUACAAUUUUUUUUUAUUCAAUAAGGCUUUUUUUAAAAGAUUUAAUUAUUUUCUUUUAAGAAAACAAAAGAAAAACAUUUACACUUUGAUGGAUAAAAAAAAUAAGAUCGUAAUAAUGUAUAAUUAAAAAAAAACUAAUGUAAUUUUAGUACGAUAGAGCACAUAAAUAAAUUGAAACUUGAGACAAGUUUUCAUUUUGCAAAACAAAAGCUAUGUAUUAUGUUCAUAUUAUCUUAAAAAUAUGAAUUUAAAAUAAACACUUAAAAAUAUAGAGAA